CGCUGGUAUCAUUGUGGAUGUGUGGGAUUCGCUGCAGAAGAUCCAACCUUGGACAAUCUAGACGUGUUCAAAUGUCCACUUUGUAUCAUGAACCCCUCUGCCGUCAAUGAACAAGAGAAAUGUUCCCGUCCGGACUGCACAGAGAAAGCCGGGGAAAACAUAUUUUUUGUAGAGCGUAUCAUCGGACGAAGGAUUAAAGCUGAAGGAAGCUUCGGAAGGAAACGUCUUUGGCUUGUGAAAUGGCUCAAUUAUCCUGUCUAUCGGGCUACUUGGGAAGAAGACGACUCAAUCGGGGGAAACCAGAAGCUCAUCGAAAAUUUCGUCGAGGAUCUCAGGGCGGAAGGCAUCGAGGACGAUUUGGCGAGCAUUCUUUUGCUGCAAGAAGCAUCCAAUGGAGGAUGGAACGCUGAUGAGCCGGAAGUGGUUCCGCUACUUACAUGA